UACUGCUUCUCUUGGGUACAGUUCUGCAUCCUUCGCCAUUGUCCUUACUAUCCGCAUUCGGGUCCGGUAACUAGCCUUGGCAGUGAAGAAAACUAUGUCCAUUUGACACGUCCUGGGAAUUUUAGAGGUCUUCCGGUAUCUGAAGUUGAGAAGUUUCUUAUCUCAGUAAACAUGGAAAAGGAAGAAAAGAAGAUUGUCAAUACAGGCGAGGAGGAUGAGAUGGAGAUUUAUGGUUAUAAUCGGUGCCACUGGAAGCUAGUUUUAGUUGCUAUAGGGGUGCUUUGUACUGGUGGCUUCCUCCUCCUUCUCCUCUACUGGAUGCCUGAGUGGCGUGUGAGAGCAACGUGCAAAAGGACUACACUUAAAGACUGUGAAGUGGUGCUACUGAGAACGACUGAUGAAUUCAGGAUAUGGUUUUGUGCAAAGAUUCGUAUUGUGCGUUCUCUGGGAGACAACCCAUUACAGAAUCCUCAGUCUAUUGAAGACAAAGUUUCAAAUGGCCAUAGUGGUCAUUCAUGUGAAAGCCCUGCUGAAGAGAAUAGAAACGACCCAAACAAAUAUUCUCCUAUUCGCUAUUUCACACACCACAGCGUAAUGUAUUUCUGGAAUGAUGCAGUCCAAAGUUUUGACUUCAAAAAGGGACUGGAUGAGUCUACUUCCUGCUCUUCAAUUCAUAAUGAACAUAGUAAAGGUUUGACUAAGGAGGUGCAUGACUACAGAAAAGUAUUCUAUGGAGUAAAUGAAAUUGCCGUGAAAGUGCCUUCCAUUUUUAAGCUUCUGAUUAAGGAGGUUCUAAAUCCGUUUUACAUUUUCCAACUGUUCAGCGUAAUAUUGUGGAUCACUGAUGAAUAUUACUACUAUGCAUUAGCGAUUGUGAUUAUGUCUGUGAUAUCCAUUGUUAGCUCACUGUACACCAUUAGAAAGCAAUAUAUUAUGUUACAUGACAUGGUGGCAGCUCACAGCAUUGUCAGAGUUUCUGUCAGCAGAGCAAAUCAAGAAAUAGAAGAGAUCCUUUCCACAGACCUUGUGCCUGGAGACAUCAUGGUGAUUCCAUCUAAUGGGACAAUCAUGCCCUGUGAUGCAGUACUUGUCAGUGGUACUUGCAUCGUAAAUGAAAGCAUGUUAACAGGUGAAAGUGUUCCUGUAACAAAGACUAAUCUCCCAAAUCCUGCAGAAGACCCAAAAGCAAUGGGAGAUGAAAUAUACAGUCCAGAAGUACAUAAGCGACACACUUUGUUCUGUGGGACCAAUGUCAUUCAAACCCGUUUUUAUACUGGAGAACGAGUCAAAGCCAUAGUAGUGAGAACAGGCUUUAGUACAUCAAAAGGACAGCUUGUUCGUUCUAUACUGUAUCCAAAGCCAACUGACUUCAAACUCUACAGAGAUGCCUACAUGUUUCUGCUGUUCCUUGUGUUGGUGGCAGGAGUUGGGUUUCUUUACACGGUUGUCAAUAGCAUACUAAAUGAGGUUCCUGCUCAUAUAAUAAUCAUUGAGUCUCUUGACAUUAUAACCAUCACUGUACCACCUGCACUUCCUGCUGCGAUGACUGCUGGGAUCGUUUAUGCACAGAGGCGGUUGAAAAAGAUUGGUAUCUUCUGCAUCAGUCCUCAGAGGAUAAAUAUCUGUGGCCAAUUGAAUCUCGUGUGUUUUGACAAGACUGGCACGCUUACUGAAGAUGGCUUAGAUCUUUGGGGGAUCCAAAGAGUGGAAAAUGCUCGUUUCCUUUUUCCAGAAGAGAGAGCUUGCAAUGAGAGCCUGGUGAAGUCUCAGUUUGUUGCUUGCAUGGCAACUUGUCAUUCACUCACGAAAAUUGAAGGAGUGCUUUCUGGGGACCCGCUUGAUUUAAAGAUGUUUGAAGCCAUAGGAUGGAUUCUUGAAGAAGCAACUGAAGAGGAAACAGCUCUUCACAAUCGAAUAAUGCCAACCGUGGUUCGACCUCCAAAACAGCUUCUUCCAGAAUCCAAACCUGCCACAAAUCAAGAAAUGGAACUAUUUGAGCUCUCGGCCAGUUAUGAGAUUGGAAUUGUGCGUCAGUUUCCGUUUUCUUCUGCUUUGCAACGCAUGUGUGUAGUAGCAAGAGUGCUAGGGGAGAAGAGAAUGGAUGCGUUCAUGAAAGGUGCCCCAGAGGUGAUUGCCAGUUUGUGUAAACAAGAAACAGUUCCUGUUGAUUUUGAAACCAUUUUGGAAGACUACACUAAGCAGGGCUUCAGAGUUAUCGCUCUUGCUCACAGAAAAUUGGAAUCAAAACUUUCAUGGCACAAAGUCCAGAAUAUUAACAGAGAUGCCAUUGAAAGCAACAUGGAUUUUAUGGGGUUAAUUAUAAUGCAAAACAAACUAAAGCAAGAAACCCCUGCUGUACUUGAAGACUUGCAUAAAGCCAACAUUCGCACUGUCAUGGUCACAGGUGAUAACAUGUUAACUGCUAUCUCUGUGGCUAGAGACUGUGGAAUGAUUCUACCUCAGGAUAAGGUCAUUAUUGCUGAAGCGCUACCUCCAAAGGAUGGGCGAGUUGCCAGGAUAAACUGGCAUUAUGCAGAUACCCUCACAAAAUGCACUAAUUCAUCACCAGCCAUUAACUCACAGGAUAUUCCAAUUAAAUUGGUCCAUGAAAGUCUAGAGGACCUCCAGCUGACUAAAUACCAUUUUGCAAUGAAUGGAAAGUCCUUUGCAGUGAUACUGGAGCAUUUUCAGGACCUUGUGCCCAAGCUGGUGUUGCAUGGCACUGUAUUUGCCCGCAUGGCACCCGAUCAGAAAACACAGCUAGUGGAAGCGUUACAAAAUGUGGAUUACUAUGUUGGCAUGUGUGGAGAUGGUGCAAAUGACUGUGGUGCACUGAAGAAGGCCCAUGGUGGUAUAUCACUGUCUGAACUUGAGGCUUCCGUGGCAUCACCAUUCACCUCCAGGACUCCUAGUAUUUCCUGUGUGCCAAACCUUAUCAGGGAAGGCCGUGCUGCUUUAAUAACUUCCUUUUGCGUAUUUAAGUUUAUGGCUUUGUACAGCAUUAUCCAGUAUUUCAGCGUUACCCUACUAUAUUCUAUCCUGAGUAAUUUAGGAGAUUUCCAGUUUCUUUUCAUCGAUCUGGCAAUCAUUUUGGUUGUUGUCUUUACCAUGAGUUUAAAUCCUGCUUGGAAGGAGCUUGUUGCACAAAGGCCACCUUCAGGUCUCAUCUCAGGUCAACUUCUCUGCUCAGUUCUGUCUCAGAUUAUCACCUGCCUUGGUUUUCAAACCAUAGGAUUUAUUUGGGUCAAACAGCAACCCUGGUAUGAGCCCUGGACCACCCAGUCAGAUGCAUGUAACUUAUCAGCAGCCACAAACACCAGUUCCUCCCAACAUGAGAAUGAGACUCUUCAUGAUGAGCACAAUAUCAAAAACUAUGAAAACACAACGGUGUUUUUUAUCUCCAGCUUUCAGUACCUCAUAGUGGCAAUUGUCUUUUCUAAAGGGAAGCCCUUUAGGCAGCCUUGCUACAGAAAUGUUCUGUUUGUUAUAUCUGUGAUAGUUAUUUAUAUCUUCACAUUAUUCAUCAUGUUGUAUCCAGUUGAAUCCAUUGACAGGGUUCUUGAGCUAGUUUGUGUACCAUAUGAGUGGCGUAUAACAAUUCUCAUCAUCAUCAUCAUCAAUGCAAUUGUAUCCCUCUUGGUGGAGAAUAUCCUCCUUGAUAUGAUCCUUUGGAAGGUUGUGUUCAGUCGAGACAAACAAGGAGAAUAUCGCCUCACCAUACCCCAGCCACCUCAGGAGCCUUUGGAUCGCUGGAGAGGGUGCGUCCUUUCCUCCCUGUUUGGCUGCAGAAAGAAGAUUCCAAAAGCCAAGUACAUGCACUUAGCUCAGGAACUGUUGGUUGAUCCAGAAUGGCCACCAAAACCUAGAACAACUACAGAAGCUAAAGAUCCAACCCAGGAAAAUGGUUCAUAUCCAAUAAUCACUGUAACAUAACAAUGAAUCUCAGUGGUAUGUUUCUUUAGCAGUAUUCAGAGCUAUGUAAUUUUAUGGCUUUAUUUAGUAUUGCAGCAUGCUAAGUGUUCUCCCAGUGCAAACAUUUCUGGUUAUUUGGUCUCUGAAUACAAAGUUCAGAGCUGGACAUCGUACAAAUUAUACAUAAAAAACACUGAGCUAGAUGACAUAUAACAGAAGAAACAUUUUUUUUACUAAAUUUUGAAGCCUCACUUGUCCAAAGUGAGCUGUAUUUAAAGGUUUAAACUGCAGGGCAGUUAAACAGGGUCCUUUGAGUAUUUGGGGAAUGUUGAUAUUUGGUGGUAAUUGUUCCACCCUGUGUUCCAACACCAGUGUGAGCGCAGUGUGCUGUCUGACACAGCCUUGUCACAGCAGUACUAGAGACCCACAGAAACCACAUGGAAAGGGUUGUCAGUUAUUUCUUCUUCACUUUUUAUCAGAAAGCAUUGUGACUGUAAGAUGAUCCUGGAGUUUUAGUGUGUAUCCCUCCUACUUCACAUGGACUAAAAACAGAUUCGUACCUAAUAGUUCAAGAGCGUUUCCAGCUGAGGGACAGGUAAGAGUUUGGACUUGCAGCUAGUCCUUAAGUCUGACCCUGCAGGUACUGGGAAUGCAGUAAAAACUGUGUGCUCAGUCCCUAGGAGGAAGGAAGCGCAUCAAUCUCCUCUUACCCUCCUCUUCAGCUAAUCCUGAAUUGUCAUAGGCUACAGAAGGACAGGUUGUUGGGGUCUUUGAGAAGGGGGAUGCUGAAGAACCCAGGCCAAAUAAUUCUUCCCUUACAUCUUACUUUUAUUGCAUUUAACUGACUGGUGGCUCCAUACGCUCUUACUCUGUCCAACAAAGGAAUUUGAUUACUUUUAUCAGACCAGGUUUUAUUUGUAUCAUUUGAGCGAUUUUUAAUACCUUUGCAUCAGCAAGGCCAGAACUACUGCUAGGAGGCAGAAAAUGGUUUUCACGUGCCCUUAGCAUUAGCAAAUACUAAUCCUGGGCACCAAGGGCUUAUGAAUACCAAAGGAUUGGUCUACCAGUGUCUUAAUUACCAUGUAGUUGUGUGCAGCAAUGUUAAGAUGGAAACAGAUGAGCCACAAUCCAGGUCCUGUUAUAAAAUUACUGGGCUGCCUUGGAUCUCUCUCUUUUCUUUUUUUUUUUUAAAUCUUUUGCACCCAGUGGUGCCAUGAAUGCUUAAAGUGUCAGCGCACAGUUUCACCAUGAGGUGGUGCCAAAGAGCAUUGUACUAAGCCACUUGGAAAAUUAAAUUGCAAAUAUGAGACAGCAAGCAGCAGCAACUUCAAAAAUAUUGGGUUUUAGAAGCCUAUCAAAAUGGGUAAAAAACCCAAAGCCUUUGGCAACCAAAUAAAACAGUAAAACAUUGAGGAAAAACUCCUCCAGUCAGUUCUUAUUGCUCUUUUGAAAGAAUAAAAAGUGCUAAAAUUUGGACUGCCUUUUUUAACUACGUGAAAUUGACUGAUCUAAGCAACUCUGAACUUUGGGCGAGGACACCAGAAAUCCAGCUCUGGCCCUUACACGAAAAAUCCUGUGGAAUUGUAUGUAGGGCUGAAUGAAAACUGUGGAAAUUACUUCACUCUAGGGAGUGUUUUCCCUUUAUAAAAUCCAGGGGAUAGCUUGUUAAAGUUAUCUAGGGAGGGUCUCAUUCUCUAGGAUUCUUUGCAGCUCAGGCCUAUUUCCUUUGUGUUUUCGUAUAAGGCAGCGUGUGGUAAUAUCCUCCUUGCCUCGACGGUGUUGAACAUGCCAUGCCAAUGUUGGAAUUAAUAAUUGGGGCAUAAAUGGUUUGGAGGGUUCCUCUAGGACUGUGAAGAUUAGCAGUUACAUUAACAGUUACUCCUCAUGAAUGAAUAGUACGCUUGUGGUGUACUAUCCCCUAUGACAACUGACAGCUCUCUUCCUGUUUUAUUUUGGGAAGGCAUUUACCAGCUUUUAAUCAGUAGUGCAGACCAGAAUUGUCCUUUUCCUGCCUUUUAUACUGUUAAACUUCAAACAAUAUUUGUAACUUUAGAAGAGUGUAAAAACUGGAUCACUGCUACUGACGUUGCCACUGUUGAGUCUUUGAAAUAUCUCAUUAGUGUGGAAUUUGGGGGGAAAGAAUAUUGCUAGCUGAGUGAAUAUUCUUUAUAUCUCCCCUUUAUAGAAAAUAUUUUACUUUAGUGGAAAGAUUCCAUGAAGCUAUGCAUCUUGGACCUUGGAGCUGUGACUUACGACCACAUCCUAUAUUUGUUUAAAUGUUAACUUACAGGGGGUUUUGAGUUAGUUUAAUUCAUUUUAACUUGCUUGUUCAGUCAAAAGUGAAGAGAGAAAUGUGCACAUGGUCUGCAUCUUUCAAGUACUAUUGCUCAGUGCUCUUCCCACAAACUGCUAAUCAGUCUGUCCUCAUUCAGAUGUUAAAGUCAGUCUUUCAUUUGUGAUGAGACUAUUCCAUGUACCAGCCCAUUAGAAAUAUCCAGAUAAUAAGGAGUAAACUACUUAUGGAGCAGUGAGUUUGUUUAAAGAGUAUUCUAAUAUUUUUAAUUAGGGCCAAAAUUGUCAAGUGUGUCCAUGACUUUUGGGUCAUGGCUUGUGAAAGUGAGAGCAGGAUUUUAACUGGUCCAGAGCACCUGCAGGAUUCUUUGACUCCAGAUGGAAUUGUGGGUCUCAGCACCUCUAAGAGUCCGAUGCUAUGUUCAAGUUGGGCACCAAAAUUAGUGGAUGCUUUUGACAUCAUAUGACGGAGCAGCAAGGGUCUUGGACCAAGAGCAGUGAGCUAUUGGUAAGAAUAACCGAUCAGCUGUCUUUUUUUUGGGAAAAAAUCCUUUAAAAUUUUUCUUUUUGUUGCAAGGUUUUGUACUUCCGAGGGUUCAAAUACAGCCAUGGAAGUAGGCACAGCUCCUACUGAAGUCCCUGGGAAUUGCACCUUCUUACCUCAGGACAGGGUUCAGCCCUAUUUGCCUGUGUAUCACUUUGAAAGGAAGAUGUGGUUUGUCAGGUGUACAGAAAGCUAGCAAACUAGAUCUGGCCCCAAAUUAGCAAGUUCAGUUCAUAUGUUGAAGUAUGUUGGACUUCAGAAUUUGUGCUUUAAAAAAACCUUUUUGUAAAUUGUUCUUGAAAGCUAAUGAAUUCAGAUGAACAGAACUAUUUAGUGGGUCCUACUAAAUACUCUUGAUGGUCUUUUUUCUUUCUAUUCUAUAAUUCAGCCUCACACUGAAGAGUCUGAUUCAGAUUUUCUUAUUAAAUUAUUUAAGUGUAUACAGACCUAAAUUUAAAUCUGUAUAUGUCUUUCUUCAGUGUGCUAGGAUUUGUAAAUAUAAUUGAUAUAAAUAUUAUUUAUGCACAUACUUAAAAGAAUGGUCUACCCAGGAAAGCAAUUGUUAAAUAAUAAAUGUAACUUUUAAAAAUUUUUAAAUAAAUAACCAGAUCUUUAAAAUGUGUAUCCCUCAGGGUUGUUUUUAAAGUUCUCCUUCCCUUCAGAUAUAAUUAGUGGUAACUGUAGAUUUCAGACAUUAUGUAACUAAGUCUGCUGUAAAAUAGGCUGCAAAUAAUGCUUGAGUCAAAGUGGCGAAGCCAACCACAAAGUAAAGAUUGUUUAGAUUCAUUUGUAAACUUUAAAUUGGGAACUUUUACAAUUGCACUUUUAUUUUUAAAAUGGUCACAGUUUUUUAUUCUAUUUAUUUUAUUUCUUGUUCUGUGUUUAUGAAGAUUGUGCUGAACCAGUUCAUCUGAAAUUGGUAAAUAAUCCUCUACUGUAUUAUGUAUAUAUUAUAUUAACAUUAAACACAGGCAGGAUGCUUUUUUAUGCUGCAAAUUUUUUAGUAUUUUCCUUGAUCAUCACAACAUUCAAGAUUUAGGAAGUGCUUUAGAAUUUCUCCCAUGAAAUUUUGGAAUUCUAAAAUUAGAUUUUUGUAUGUCUGAGGGAAAGGGGUGGUUUUCUGACAAUUUUUAGAGUCCUGAAUAUGUUAAUUUUAUACAGUAUAGCUUCAGGUUUUUACAGCUAUUUUCAAUGAAUUGCAGCUUGUUUGAUAAUUUUGAACCAGAAACUACUCUUGGUUUAGGUGAUGACUUCCUUGAAACUAACAAAAAUAGAAGGCUCGUGAUUUUAGCAUUCUCUGGAAGCUAACCUUCCUCUUAUUUUUAAAAAGCUAGUUUAAAUCACAAGUGAUACUGCAUCUUUAUAUUUAAAAACACUUAAUGCUGCUCUAGAAUGGUACCCAGUUGUCAAAGAGGCACACAUGCAUAACUGUACAUUACAAUUGUAAAUAGCCUUGUAAAAUCCUUUUUAUGAUUGAAGCUAUUUGAAAUAAAAAUGUAAAUGGA